UACUGCUUAAUCGUUUACAUUUCCUUUUCGGGACCAAUGUUUUCGCGGCUGCCAAUAAGGCAAGCUGACAACCUCAAGUUGUUUGUUAUUGCAACCUUUUACAUUUUCUCUCCUCUUUCAUAUAUAAAAACCUCUUCUUCAUCUUCAUUAAACACAAAGCACGUUUCAUCACCAUGGGUUAUUGCAGUCGUUGUGGUGAAAUCUCGUUUGGAGGAAAGUGCCGAAAGUGUGGCGGCCGCGCUGUCGCUUCCAUCGCUAACGGUCUUGGCUCUGAAAGUCAAGGCUCCGUUGUUGACCGCUGGCAGUCACAGUACGCUUCCAGUAUCCUCGGAUCACCAGAAGAAAAGCCUCAGAAAACAACCAGUACUCCAGCAUUACUUAACCGUCAAGUGUCUAAAAGAGCGUCAUACAGUGCUCGUUCUCCAUCGCUCGCCGCCCGCCGUUGCUGCGCUAACUGUAGCAAACGCCUAUAUGUGGAUACGCUUGCAUUCGUUGAAGGCGAUGCCACCCCUCAGCAUUACUGCGCUGAUUGCUACAACCGCCUUUACCUUAAAGGGUCUUGUCGACAAUGCUUCAAGAAUGUUUUCCGCAAAGACGCUCACGUCGAGCAUAACGGUAAAUACUGGCACCACGCUUGCUUCAACUGCCAAGGUUGCCGAAAGGCGCUUGGCGAUCAACCUAUGGUCGAUCUAGCUGGAAGACCUUGCUGUGAACCUUGCCUUAUGGCUCAAGAAGGACAAAAACAUGCCAAGACAGCUAGCGUCCACAGCGCACGUAAUUUGCCCUCACCUGAUCAAGUACCCCCUUCUUCCCCAACCUUGAGCCGAUAUGACUCGAUAUCUUCUUUAUCUUCGUUUGCCUCUUCAAAUGCCUCACCGUUCAUGAGACCCCGUCUCGACACUCGACUCUUUGACUCGAACGAUUCCAAUAUCAUGACCUCUCCCAUUCAUGAAUCUCCACGAGAUAUCGUGUCCCGUGCUACAACCCCUGCAUUGUCCCAGGCUUCUUCAGGCUCGGUUCGAUCCAUCGAUAGUGUUGUUAGCAACGUCUCUUAUCAGCCAUUGGGAGGUGACAAGCCAUCGCGUUACAACCGGCAACGAACCAAUUCGAUGCCUUCUCUAGCACAGGAUAUUCUUCAUGGUCAUCAGGAUUCGGGAGAGAAGAAAGUUCCUCCCCCUAGCCUUCAGCGUCAACGCCGACAGUCUACUUACUUCGCUGAUAAAGUGCAGCGCUGUCACGAAUGUCAUGAUAUUGCCAACGGCAUUACAAUCCGGUUGCCUAAAGCAGACGGAUUUGAGAUUUUCCAUCAAUCGUGUCUUCGUUGUGCUGGAUGCAAAGACAUUUUCACAGAAUCGGAUUACAUAGCUGAUGGAGAUGCCAUUUAUCAUCCACAGUGUCGAUUGCCGGCUGUAGGUGGUGUUCGAUGCGUUCAAUGCUUCAAGGGAAUAAGCGGAAAGUUCUUCAAGAAUAACGGCAAAGCAUAUCAUCCGGAAUGUUUUACUUGCACGUCUUGUGUUCAUGUGUUGGAUCCCGGUCGACCCUUCUACGAAAUUAAGGGCGAGGCAUUCUGUGAGCCAUGUACUCAAAACCGAACCAACAGAAUUCAGACAGCACCAGUUAGUCCCAUAGAAGAUAUUGAUGCGACCUCCAAAAUUUUUGCAAAGCGCACAAAAGCUCUUCCUCAGCUUGGCGGUACAAAGACAUGUCCAAGAUGCAGUAAAAGCGUAGGUUUUCUAGAGGAAACACCUGGACCUCGAGCUAGUCGAUGGCAUAAGAAAUGUCUUACCUGUGGAGGAUGCAAGAAGCAAAUGGAUUCUAGCGCCACCGUUCUAGAAGGUGACCGCGCAGAGUGGAUACCGUUUUGUCGAGCAUGUCGGGGAUUUGGCAGUGGUGGGCGAUAAAUCUUGAAAGGUACCAAUCAUAGACAAGCAAAGAAAAAAAAUUGGGCCAGACAUGCACUCUUUCAAAAAAUUCAUACCACUUAGUACACAUUAU